AAACACGAAAUGCGUAUCUAGACUCUGAUAAAGGUCCUUUCAUUGUACAUGUGGCCCGCGAAGCUACGGAGGCCGACUCCGGAGCUUACUUGCAUCCGGUUAAAUUUGGCCAACUGCUGUACACAAAUGGCGUGACUAAUAUGAAGGAUGGUGGUAUAAAAAAGAUAGGUCGAAAUAGGCUUAGUAUUGAAUUCAGGUCUGCUGCUGGUGCUAAUCAAUUUCUCUCCAGCUCUCUGGCCACCAAAAGCUGUAAAAAGUUUAUUCCCUCCUACCACAUAACGAAGACUGGAAUUGCCAGAAAUAUCCCAACAGAUUUUUCAAAUGACGAUCUCCCAAAUUUAAUAAGGACUCCAUAUGGCUGCGGUAAGGUUGUGAAGGCGAGACGAUUAAAUUUCAAGAAAAGGAACCAAGCUGACAACACUACCCAAUGGGCCCCGUCAGAGACGGUGGUGUUGACGUUUGACGGCCAAAUCCUUCCUGACAAGGUAUUCCUUUUUAAUUGCGCGUUAGAGGUGGUCCCAUAUUAUUACCCAACUGUCCAGUGCUACAAAUGCUGCCGAUUUGGCCACGUACGGGCCCAAUGCCGUUCCCGCCCUCGCUGUUUUAAAUGCGCUCAACCACACGAAGGUAUUACACAAAUUACCGAUAUCCUUAUGUUGGACUUCUUAUGAUCUUCCCUCAUGUCAGCCGUGUGAAGCUCGAUACUCGUUUUUGGCAGAAUUGUGCUUAACUGCGCGGUAGCCAUAGACAAAAGAGUGAAAGUGAAAGUGAUUUAUGUUACUGGUUAUGAC